UUCCAUCUCCACCAAAGACAAAGAGUAGCACACUUCAAAAUGUAUCCCAUAGCAGUUUCAAUGUGCUUCAUGGCCAUUUUGGGCAUGGCAGUGGCCACCGAUUAUUGUUCCUCAUCACUGUGUGGAGGCAGUACCCACAUUGCGUGUGGCAAUAAUGGGCAAUUUGCUUCCUCAUGUCCUUCAAAUGCAGCUCUGGUCGACAUCAACCCUUAUAAAUCCUACAUUCUUGAUUACCACAAUGAAAAACGUAAUUUGAUAGCUGGAGGCACGGUGGCAAAUCAUGAUGCUGCCUGUCGCAUGGCCACCACACAAUGGGAUGAUGAGUUAGCCAAACUGGCCGCCUUGAAUGUUCGCCAAUGCAAAAUGGCCCAUGACAAAUGCCGCAACACCGAUACCUUCCAUUAUGCUGGACAGAAUUUGGCCUACAGAACUUAUUCGGGUUCGCCAAAAUAUGAGGAAUUGCUGAAAAUCACCAUGGACAUGUGGUAUGACGAAGUGUCGUUAAGUAACAUGGGUUAUAUUAAUUCCUAUCCCUCAGCAGGAGUUGGCAUUGGCCAUUUCACUGUUAUGGUUAAUGAAAAGAAUAUACGUGUGGGCUGUGCUGCUGCCACCUACGGCACCUCCAAGCAAACCUUCUUGAUAGCCUGCAACUAUGCCAGAACCAAUGUGGCCACUUUGCCCACCUACACCAGCUGCGGCACUCCCGGAUCCUCUUGUGCAAGUGGUAAAAAUUCCAAAUAUCCCAACUUAUGCUCAGAAUCCGAAUCCUAUGAUCCCAAUAACUUGUCCUAAGGAUUAUGGACUUUAACGUUUUUUUUAAGUUUAAUU